AUGCAAAAUUCUUGCUCCUGGAUUCUGAGAUCCGAUUUCAUUCGCUUCUGCAAUGGCAAGCGCGCUGCAGAUGCAAAGAUCAAAGAGGUCUGGGACAAACAAGAAGAACGCUAUCAGCGUGUGCUCCAGAGUAACACUGGAAGAGGCUCUGAAGAUCGGUCUCCCACCCCUUGCCCAUUGGGGUCAGCAGCGAGGCAAUCACUUCCGCGAGAGCAAACACGACGUCUCAGUUCACCUGCAACUCAAUUCGUAUAUGCGGGCCGAUAUGAAAUUCCCCUUUCCUCCACUGCACAAUUGCGUCCAAGACAGGGGUCGUCAACCAACCCAAUCAACCUUGAUGGAGAUGAGGCACCUCACAAUCCAGUUUUCUCCGGCGCUGCUUUGAAGUCGAACACCAACGCCGUGCAGAACAAGUCCAACCUCGCAAUUGGCCAAAGAGCCAUACGUACAGAAGCGAAAUUCAUUGCAGAAAGGGAUAAAGACGAGCGAUGGCAUGAUCUAGACGAUAUCUAG